AUGGCGGGUGGAGUUGCUUCAGAAGCUGUUGUUCCCAUUGAGGCUAUGUUAUUAGGUCUCUCUACAUUCGUAGCGUCUGGUCGUCUUAUUCCACGACUCGUGCAGCGGCAAUCUCUUACCUUAAGUGAUUGCUUCCUGGUCGCAUCAAUACUCGACGCCAUCGGGCUCUUCGCAACCGAUGUCUUGACGUACGAAUGGGGAGGCAUGUCUGAGGACGAAGUGGAAAUGUCAGAUGCUCGCGCUAUUGCCCUCAAGAAAGUACAAUUUGCUGGCAAUGCUUUCUAUGAUACCGGAAUCUACUUGCCAAAACUAGCCAUCCUCGCAUUAUACUUUCGUCUGAUCCCGCCGACAAUGCCAUGGUUGCGAAAAGCGCUCUAUGCAGUGGCGGUAUUCACGGGAAGCGCCAUGAUCACAACAUUCUUUCUAGAUACCUUCUGGUGCGGUUCUGAAGUGUCAGUGAACUGGUCUCUAGAAGAAGGUGCAUGCAACACCUUCACUUCAAAAACGGUGUUCAGGAUCGACUGGAGCAUGAAUAUCGUGUCCGAUGUGUUGAUUUUUGGAUUGCCGUUCCCACUUCUUCACUCAUUGCAACUCCAGCGCCGACAGAUCUGGGGUCUUAUCGUCACAUUUUGCCUCGGAGCUGUCACCAUAUCAAUGAGUGUUGUUCGAUUUGUGACGAUAGAGGUCAUUUAUGCCUGGACCAACGUUUUCGUACUUUCAAUGGCUGAGUUGGCCAUUGCCAUCAUCGUAGUAUCGCUACCAUCCAUGAGAUCAUUCCUUCGGCGCGGUGGCUUCUUCUCUUUCCACAAAAAAUCACGCACAUCGGAUUCGCGCACGACCUAUGGCCAACGGACACCUGCCAGUGGCUCGCAGGGUUUUAUGCGUCCUUCCAGAAGAGGAAAACACACCGUUCGCAUACAUAGCGACGAGGAGUCUGGAAGCGAGGUGGAGCUGAAUAGUCUUGGGAGGAAGGAUGUCAUUUACGAGACGCGGCGGGUCAGUGUGCAGUUUUCGCGGUCGCAGGACGAAGACAGCGAACCUGUUGGAAAAUUGCCAUGA